AUGGCGUAGUAGCUGAAAUUGAGAAAAAGAUUAUAGAAGCUUUUGAGGUGUUUGACCAUGAAUGCAAUAAAACUGUGGAUGUCAGAGAGAUUGGUACCAUUGUCAGGUCACUGGGGUGCUUCCCAACUGAGGCAGAACUACAUGAACUGCUUGCAAAGGUAGAAGAAGAAGAACAAACUGGAUACAUUAAUCUGGAAAAAUUUCUUCCAGUGAUGACAAAAGCACUGCUCGACAGAAGCUACCCACCUAUUCCAGAAGAUGUUCUUCUACAUGCAUUUGAGGCUUUGGAUGAAAAGAAAUGUGGAUCUAUUACUAAAGAUGAGCUGGUCAAAUAUUUGACUGAAGAAGGUGAGCCCUUUACUGAGAAAGAAAUGGAGGACAUGCUCUCCACUGCUCUAGAUCCGGAAACAAAUACUCUUCACUACAGAGACUACAUUUCAAUGUUGAUAGUAGAUGACACUUAA